AAGAAACUGGGAGGGGGCGGUUCCCGUUCCUCCGCGGAGCCGGAUGUUAGCUGAGCUUUGACAGGCGUGGCAAAGGGAGCGGUGCCCGACCUCGGUUUCUCUUCAGGCUGUGUGGGGUGAGGCCGUGGGGAUCAGGUUUGAAAAAUGGACCUGCUCUCAGAACUGCAGGACGAUCUGACUCCGGAUGACACCAGCCAGGCCCUGAACCAGCUGAAGUUGAUUGAUGAGAAGAACUGGCCCUCAGAUGAAAUGCCCGACUUUCCCAAGUCAGAUGAUUCCAAAAGCAGCUCGCCGGAACCCAUCACACACCUGAAGUGGGAUGACCCUUACUACGACAUCGCCCGGCACCAGAUCGUGGAGGUGGCAGGAGAUGACAAGUAUGGACGGAAGAUCAUUGUGUUCAGUGCCUGCCGAAUGCCCCCGAGCCAUCAGCUGGACCACAGCAAGCUCCUGGGGUACCUGAAGCAUACCCUGGACCAGUACGUGGAGAGCGACUAUACGCUACUCUACCUGCACCAUGGCCUGACCAGCGACAACAAGCCCUCCCUGAGCUGGCUGCGAGAUGCCUACCGGGAGUUUGACCGCAAGUACAAGAAGAAUAUCAAGGCCCUGUAUAUUGUGCACCCCACCAUGUUCAUCAAGACCCUGCUCAUCCUCUUCAAGCCCAUCAUCAGCUUCAAGUUUGGGCAGAAGAUCUUUUAUGUGAACUAUCUGAGCGAGCUGAGUGAGCACGUGAAGCUGGAGCAACUGGGGAUCCCUCGCCAAGUGCUCAAGUAUGACGACUUCCUGAAAUCCACGCAGAAGAGCCCAGCCACAGCCCCCAAGCCCAUGCCGCCACGGCCACCCCUGCCCAACCAGCAGUUUGGGGUUUCCUUGCAGCACCUCCAGGAGAAGAACCCAGAGCAGGAGCCCAUUCCACUCGUGCUCCGGGAGACCGUCGCCUACCUGCAGGCCCACGCUCUCACCACCGAAGGAAUUUUCCGGCGGUCCGCCAACACCCAGGUUGUAAAAGAGGUGCAGCACAAGUACAACAUGGGCAUAGCUGUGGACUUCGACCAGUACAAUGAGCUGCACCUGCCAGCGGUCAUCCUCAAGACUUUCCUCCGGGAGCUUCCUGAACCCCUGCUCACCUUUGACCUCUACCCGCACGUAGUGGGCUUCCUCAACAUCGAUGAGAGCCAGAGAGUGGAGGUGACGCUGCAGGUCCUCCGGACGCUGCCCGAGGAGAACUACAAGGUGCUUCGCUUCCUGACUGCCUUCCUGGUGCAGAUUUCUGCCCACUGUGACCAGAAUAAGAUGACCAACACCAACCUGGCUGUCGUCUUCGGCCCUAACCUGCUGUGGGCCAAGGACGCCGCCAUCACCCUCAAGGCCAUUAAUCCCAUCAACACCUUCACCAAGUUCCUCCUGGACCAUCAAGGGGAAUUGUUCCCCUGCCCUGACACCCAGGGCCUCUGAGUCCAGCCCCUGCCGCACAGCCCCCUCUGAUGGCGCAGUUGGGACUCCCUCCUGGCUUCGGCCUUCCAGGAGCCCGGGGCUCCUGCCAUGGAGGGGCGGUGAGGCCCCGGGAGAUAAGCCUGGAGCCAGCCAACAGGGCGGCUCCUGCUCCCCUCCUGUCCUCCCUCGGCUGGCCCUGGAGGCCUCCUGUUACAAUACAUCUCCUCGCCUUAUCUUCUCACUGCCUCCUUAGGUCCUGGCGCCUGCUGGGCUCUCCCCAGCUGGCCUUGACUCAGCAGAAGGACCAGCCCCAGCACCCCUCUUCUGCUUGCCCCUGCCUCUCCUUGGCAACUGCAGAUGCCAAAUCACUGCCGCUGGGCCUGUAGCCGAGGCUGGUCCCUGCCGGGGGUGACAGGCUGGGCUGGCGCGGGUGGCCCUGCUGAAUCUGCCCUUUCUGGGCGCACUCCCGCUGCCGGCACCACCCUGGCCUCUUGGCGGCUCAGCCUGGAGGUUCCACGGCUAAGGAGAGACAAGGCAAAUCUGCCUCCUUUUCUGCCUCUUCCACUCAGCCUGGGUCAGCCUUUCACCAUGGUCCUGUCCUCAGGUGUCCAGCCCUGCGGCUCUGCUAGGUUGGGCAGGUUGGAGGACAGCGGUGUCAUAGCAGCCUCCCCCCAAGGGUGUGCCCUGACCUGUGACAGCUGUUUCAGGUCCUCCAGACCUUGCCUCCGCCCCACUUGGACAGGCCCUGGGUCAGGUUCUUGUGUACAUGUCCACAGGGGUCUGGCCUGAAAUGACUCAGGGCCUUGGGAUCUUUGGUGGCCCCCUGUCCAGCUGGGGACUCUAGGAGGACUGGCAGAGGCUUUGCUAAUCCCAUUGGCCCCUGCCAAGUGAGCUCUAACCACCUCCCAGAGGCCACGGAGCUCGAGGGCCUUGUCUUUCAGAAACGCUCCCCUGAAUGAAUGAUAUUCCAUCUUGGAGAAUACUGGGGACCUCCCCUUCCUGUAACCUUGUCCCCUGGCCACAGGGAAGUGUCUGCACAGGGGCCCCGCCCCCACCACCUUGCCAGAGCCUGCACAGGAUGGGGGGUUUCCCACUGACCGGCCUGGCCUGAGGCCACCUCACCGGGCCCUCCCCCCAGGUCACUGGCUUGUCAGGACCCCGGGCCCUGGAGGGGCUGCUGUUCUGCCAGUUCCUGUCUGUGGCCCUGGCCAGGCCUCCUCCUGCCCUUAUUUGUAUAUCAGGUGUUGCUCCAGAUGUUUCCUGGGCAUCCCUGUGGUCUAUGGGUCUGUGUGUCCUGCCCACAGUCUGUACCUGGGGUGGGUUGGUACUGUGAAUCAAGUGUUCACACUCACUGACUUCCUUGGCACCAAUCAUGUACUUCACCUUUGCACUUUUGUAUUUCAAUAAAAAUGGA